AUGUUCGAAAUGAUCUUGUCGUCAAUUGGGAUUGCUAUCGCUGGGGUAGUUCUUUAUGCUAAUCUACCAACUAAAUUAAUUAUUGGAUCAUCAACUCCAGCUAUUAAUUAUUUAAGAGGAGCAAAAUUGAUUAAAAUUAAUAGUGAAAAGGAUGUAUUAACUGCUCCUACAAUUGAGGCAAGUUCAAUAAUAGAUAAUGAAAAUGUUUUAAUAAUGGCUGUCAGAAGACCUGGUUGUGCUUUAUGUAGAAAGGAGGCACAAAAUUUGGUUUCUUUAAAACCUGAACUUGAAAAAAAAUCUAUGAAACUUAUUGGUGUUGUUCAUGAAUAUAAAGGUGUUGAUGAAUUUAAAAAAUUUUUUGAUGGUGAUAUUUAUUAUGAUAAAGAAAAAAAAUUUUAUGGACCUGUAGAGAGAUGGAUGCCUGUAUGGAUAGGAUUUUUGAGACCAAAAUUAUGGUUAAGUUAUAUGAAAGCUAAAGAUUCAGGAGUUGAGGGAAAUCUUGAGGGUGAAGGUCGUUUACUUGGAGGUGUUUAUAUGAUAUCUAAAGGUAAAAUGAUAUAUAGUCAUCUUGAAAAAGAAUGGGGAGAUUGGGCUAAUACAACAGAAAUAUUAGAUUUAUAUGAAAUAAAAAUAAUUAAUGGUAAUCUAAAAAUGGAAUCUACAACAAUUUCCUUUUCUACAAUAGUUGUGGGUUUAUUAAUGGUCACAACUAUAUUAAUAUGUAGUUGUUGUUAUUGUACGGAUAUAUGGUCAACAAAAAAAGAAAACAAAAAUAAUGUUAAUAAUCAUAAUAAUAAUUUAGAAAAAAAAGAUAAAAACACUAAAUUAGAAGAUAUUGAAAAUUGUCAAAAAAAAAAUAUUGCUCUUUUGGAGGGUCAUGGUUGUUGUAAACAUUUAAAUCCCGUUAUUUUUCAAAAUUCAUUUACUUCAUUAAAUGGACAUAAUAAUAGUAAUGGUGGUACACAAAAUUACAAACAUAAUUAUACUAAAAUUAAUGAUUGUAUUGAUGAUAGUAGAAAUAUAUGGAAACGUAGUCAGGAAGAGGCUGGUAAAUGCAACACAGCAUCAACAUGUCAUUCUAAUUGUUCUAGAAAUUCUCAUACUAUAUCCUCAUCAAUUGUAACAACACCAAAUACUAAUCACCCACAUUCAAGAAGUCCAUCACCAACAAAUAUCUCACAAAAAAAUAUUUUACCAGCUGUAAUUUUACCAAUUUCCUGUCUUAUGCAAAAUCAUCCAUCUCAAAAUUGUCAUGGUAUGGAUUCCAUCUAUAACACAAGAGAUUAUAUACAAUUAGUUAAACUAAAAACAGAUACAGAUAUCGGUGUAUCAGCAGUAUAA